ACGGGAGUGGUGCCUGCCGCCGUGUCGUGACAUGGGCGAUCGCCGCCGUCUGAAUUUUUUUUUCUAUUAAACCUCGCGUGCCUCGAACGUUGUUGUUGCUGAAACUAGGUGGUGAGUGCGCGGCUUCCAUGGUGGUGUGCAGUGUGUGUGUCUACAGCGCGUGAAGCCGGAGUGUUUCUGCACCCAGCGCAAGUAUAAUCUAUCCGUGCGUGCGUGUGUGUGUUGGUGUUGUGUGCGGCGGCGACAAUGUUUCGCUGCAUUCCGAUCUUCAAGGGGUGCAAUAGACAGAUCGAGUAUGUCGACAAGCGGCACAGCUCGCUGCCGACGGUGCCCGAGGACAUCCUGCGGUAUGCGCGCAGCUUGGAGGAGCUGCUACUCGACGCGAAUCAUAUUCGCGACCUGCCGAAGAACUUUUUCCGCCUGCAGCGUCUGCGGAAGCUCGGCCUGAGCGACAAUGAGAUUCACAAGCUGCCAUCGGAUAUACAAAACUUUGAGAACCUCGUCGAGUUGGACGUCUCGCGCAAUGAUAUACCGGAUAUUCCCGAGUCGAUCGGCACGCUGCAAUCGCUGCAGGUGGCCGACUUCAGCUCGAAUCCAAUCGCCCGCCUGCCGGUCACGUUCAGCGAACUGCGCUCGCUGACGAUGCUCGGCCUCAACGACAUGUCGCUCACAGCGCUGCCGGCCGACUUUGGCAAUCUGAUCUCGCUCACGUCGCUGGAGCUGCGCGAGAACCUGCUCAAGGAGCUGCCCGCCUCGAUGGCGCAGCUCGUUAAACUCGAGCGGCUCGAUUUGGGCGAUAAUGAGAUUGACGAAUUGCCAUCACAUAUAGGUAGCCUACCAGCUCUACAGGAACUCUGGUUGGAUCACAAUAUUCUACAACGAUUACCACCUGAAAUUGGUCAAUUGAAAAACCUGACUUGUCUUGAUCUCUCCGAGAAUCGUCUGGAGUCUCUGCCGGAAGAGAUUGCGGGUCUUGCUAAUCUUACUGAUUUACAUCUGUCACAGAAUGUGCUUGAAAUGCUGCCGGAUGGUAUCGGCAAGCUGGAAAAGCUCACGAUUUUAAAAGUUGAUCAGAAUCGAUUGUCUCUGUUGAAUGCCAAUAUUGGCAACUGCAUUAACCUGCAGGAGUUAAUUUUGACUGAGAACUUUCUCAAUGAGAUCCCGAAUAGAAUCGGUCGGCUUGUCCGGUUGACGAAUUUGAAUAUAGAUCGCAAUUCGCUCACCACCAUACCGGAUGAGUUUGGUAAUCUGGUCGAGUUGGGUGUGUUGAGUCUGAGGGAUAAUCGCUUGACCAUGUUGCCGGAUACAAUCGGGAAUUGUGAGCGGUUGCAUGUGUUGGAUGUGUCCGGGAAUCGGCUGCCGUAUCUGCCCUAUACGCUGCUGCAGUUGGCGCUCAAGGCGGUGUGGUUGAGCGAGAAUCAGGCGCAGCCGAUGUUGACCUUCCAGACGGAUACGGAUCCGCAUACGGGGAAUACGGUGUUGACGUGUUUCCUGCUGCCGCAGCAGGAGUAUCAGCCUACGAUAGCUUCCGACGGUCGCCUGUAUCGUUGCGAGCUCGCGCCCGGUUUGUCUAAUGGUGCUCUUCGUGCAGAUGAGCCGGAGGACCCCGACGAGGACUGGGAGGAGCGCGAGGCCAGCCGCACGCACUCGGUGAAGUUUGUCGACGCGCAGGAGCAGGACAACCGUGAGACACCCUUCGUCCGUCAGAACACCCCACAUCCGCGCGAGUUGAAAGCAAAGGCGCACAAGUUGUUUGCAAAGGGCCAGAAUUCGCUGGAGGACUCCGAGCUGCAGACCACCUCGGAAGCGCUGCCGAUUAUCGAGGCGGUGAAUGCGCAUACGAAGGAGCCGACGCCACCCCCACCUCAACCUCAAACACCACAACCACCAGCACCCUCUUUUGUUCACCAAUCACAACCUUUGAAUGGCCGCGAGGAGAACAGCGAUCCGAGCGCCGAAGAUGACACGGACGAUGAGACGACGAGGAGACGUGUCGUCGGUUUCGUCGGCGAUGGGGGUGAAGACCACGCGGAUGCGGCGCGUCCGCUGCGUCUCCAUCGGCGGGAUACGCCGCACCAUCUGAAGAAUAAACGCAUCAACGCCGCCGUCAUCGAUAAAGAUAAGAUGGCCUCCAUUAUCGCACAGGCGAUCAAACGCAAGGAGGAGGACGGCAGCGAUCGAACGAGCGUUUCCACUCCUCCGGAAUCGGUGCGCAGCACCAGCAGUCAAGCUGGGGAAUCGGACGCCACUACGAAUGCAUCGACCGGCGUGCCAACCGUGGAGUUACGUGAAGAAAAAUACGAGAUUCAUAUUGAACGCUCGAAGGCCGGGCUCGGUUUGUCGAUAGCUGGCGGACGGGGUUCUACCCCGUUCAAGGGGCAAGAUGAGGGUAUCUUUAUAUCGCGCGUAACCGAUGGAGGUCCUGCGGAUUUAGCCGGGCUUCGUGUCGCUGAUAAAGUGCUUACGGUUAAUGAGCAUUCGCUGGUUGGGGUUAGUCACUACGAUGCCGUGGAAGUAUUAAAAGCAGCCGGACCACUGCUGGUGUUUGAGAUUAGUCGCGAAGUAACGCGGAUUGUUCAUGAUAAUAGUAUUGUUGGCGGUGUUGGUGUGGAGAGUAAAGAAGGUAAAGAGUUGAAGAUUCCGUCCCCGUUGCCGCCGCUGGUGAGCGAUGAUGAUGUCGCUGUCAAGCGGGUGUCGAUUCAUACGACGUUGAUACGGGAUUCACGCGGGUUGGGUUUCAGUAUUGCGGGUGGGAAGGGUUCGCCGGCGUUCAAAGGUGAUUCGGACGCGAUUUUUGUCUCGCGGAUUACCGAUGGUGGUGUAGCGCAGAAGGAUGGGAAACUGGCGGUGGGGGAUAAGGUUAUUUCGAUUAAUGGCGUUGAUUUGACGGGGGCUUCGCAUGAUCAAGCCGUGGGUAUGUUGACGGGGUUGGAGAGGUUUGUGAGGUUGGUGGUUGAGAGGGAUAUGCCGGUUAGGGAUAGUCCUACGCCAUCACCGGGACCACAACAGUCACCGCGACUGUUUGGUCUGCCUAAACCUUACACCGGGUUGUAUUCAGCUAAUAGCUAUAUGGCAAACCGUCCCGGCUAUUCGAGCUAUCGAAGGUCUUUGGAGUUGGAGAAAAAGAUUGAUACAUCGGCACCAUCGCCGACACCACCGGUUGAGCACGCAAAGACCAAUGGUGUGGAUGCGAAGGCGCCACCCCCGCAGCCGGCGCCGCGUAAGAUUCUCCCCGCGAGCAAUCACAAAGUCGUCACGCCGACGUCCUCGCUGGAGGGAGACGAUGCUCAGGUACUACCGAAGCCCAUCACAAGCGAGGAGUUCCAAGCCAUGAUCCCAGCCCACUUCCUUAAUCCCGCCUCCGACGGCGCCGCCAAGCGCACGCCCACCCCCCCGACGUCCGAACACACACACAAUGUCACUGUCACGAUCAGGAAGCCGGAGACGCCGAUCGAACUGCCGCCGGCGCCGACCGGACCCGGACGCGUCACGGAGACGAUCACCAAGAGUACGUUUACGGAGACGGUCGUCACGCGCAUCACUGACAAUACGCUCGUCACGCCCCUAAUCAUUGAGGAUGUUACGCUGAGCAAAGCCGGUGGGUCUCUGGGCUUUAGUAUUAUUGGUGGUACGGAUCAUUCCAGCAUACCUUUCGGCGUCAAGGAACCCGGCAUAUUUAUUUCGCACAUGGUCCCAAGUGGGACGGCUGCCAGUUGUGGUAAACUGCGUGUCGGUGAUCGUAUUCUCAAGGUAAAUGGCACGGAUGUGACGCAAGCGACGCACCAGGAGGCUGUUAUGGAAUUGUUGCGGCCUGGUGAUCAAAUCACACUCACCAUCCGCCAUGAUCCCCUACCGGAAGGGUACCAGGCAAUGACGAUUGUGAAGGAGGAGAAUGAAAAACUCGGCAUGCACAUAAAGGGUGGUCUUCAGGGCCAACGUGGUAAUCCUCUUGACAGAUCCGAUGAAGGCGUGUUUGUGUCGAAAGUAAACUCAGUCGGUGCAGCGCGUCGUGAUGGCCGCCUGAAAACAGGCAUGCGUUUGCUAGAAGUAAACGGCAAGUCAUUACUAGGCGCUACGCAUCAGGAAGCUGUGAAUACUCUGCGUAACUGCGGCGAUACCAUUCACAUGGUCGUCUGUAAGGGUUAUGAUAAAGCGGAAGUUGAUAGAGCUGUGGCUGAAGGACGCCUCACACGCGCUGGAUCUGUCAGCAGUCGGUCACAGAGUGUAAGUUCUCUGGACAUGGCUGACGAUGAUACAACGUCGAAGGAAGAAGCCAAGAUGAAGAAUGAAAUUGUGCAGUUUGAGAAGGAAGACGCCGAAAAGCGGUUGAAAUUAGUUGAAGAUGUUAAGGAGGAGAACGAAUUGGAGUUGGAAGCAGAUGCGGACAUGUCGCUGGUGGAAGCAAAACCAACUACGCCAGCUGAUAAAGUCCUGGAUGUGGUGAGAGCGGUGGAGACGCUGGCUCACAAUGAAAUACCCGUCGCGCCCAAAUCUCCAGGGGGACCAAAUAGUGAACUUAAAACAACUACGAUCGUGAUGAGCAAGCAUACGCUCGCGGCCCAAAAUGCAGCGACAACUGCCAAACAACCGGAAACGACGCACCGGAAACCACCUAAACCCGAUUCCUAUUCUGAUCAUUCCCAUUCUUCCCUUGAAACAGAUAAAACACCCAAAGUUGAGUUGAGACCACGAAAAGAUGACACAGAUACAGAUACAGGCACAGCUCUUUUGAAGAGAUUGAGUGAUUCCAUUGAAGAAAACGAAGCGAAACGUAGAUUGUUCUUUGAGAGUGUACCCCCACCACAGACGGUUGUGAUUCAACCACCAAUGGGUUUGUUAUCGACGAGAACUUCCACUUCUUCACCUGCGUAUAGGGUUAUUGAAAGACCAUCACAACCACCGCCUGCAAUUCCCAGUAUAUCACCAACUGAACGAUCAAAAUCUGUUGAUUUUACUAUUUCUGCCAUGAGGCCCACACGGCCACCACCUCCACCGCCACAAAAGUCUUACUUUACGCUAUCCUCGUCGGUAGUUAAAGAUAACGACAAAGAGAAACUUGUUUUACAUCAUCCAGAGAUUAUCUAUGCUAAUAUACCGAUGAGAGAGGCACCUCCGCCGCCAUUACCACCGAAAACACCUCGGAGGGUAUCGUUUGAUGACCGUGUUACCACAAUCGGAGCAAUUUCAAUACCGGAUAUUAAAGUUGACACCGAAGAGGUAACGCCAUCUGUGGUAAUGAAUAAAAAUACAAACACAGAAACAAAUAAACAAGAUAAUAAUAAUUUAUUAAACAUUGAGAUUCCCGAAAGUGAACUUGAGAGUUCCAUUGAAGUAACCCGGAAGUUUCCGGGUGAGGAAGCCGAAGAUGAGAUUAAAACGAAAUUUUUAUUAUACGAAGAUGAUAAAGAGAGCUUUGAAGAGAUUAGAUUAUGCUCCAGUGAUGAUAGUCUGAAUAAAACCAUCGUGGAAGCAUCCCCUGUGAGCGCACACAAAGAAAUUGCUUUCCCGAGGACACUGAGUGUGGAUGCAUCCAGUGAUACCGAAGGUUUUGCGAAUGAAAGACGUGAUACUGUUGUGGAAUUAAUCACGGAAAAGAUAGACAAGACUGAACAAUCGGAAAUGGCCGAUUUGUUUGCGCGUGAUUUAAGCCUGGAUUCCAUGCCGGUGGAGGUCGCACGUCGCCAUCUUGAGAAAUCUCCUCAGGAUCAUCGUUUGUCACAGACGCUGUUAGAGUUUAUUACUUUGAAUGAUGAUGAUUCGUUGGUGUUUACACCUUCGAUGCUUGAAUUACCCACGGGGCCACCUCCACCACCGCCGGAUACAUUACCACCGGAUUCACCGCCGCCGGAAGUGGAUAUGGAUGUGUUGCCGUUACCAUUGCCGCCGCCUGUUGAGCAGGUGGUGGAUUUUGAAGAUGCGCCUGUGUUACCACCAGCGCCUCCUUCUCCCUUGCCUCCUCCUCCUAAAAGUAAAAAAACUCCGCCGCCUCCGCCUCCUCCUCCUGUGAAAAAGACAAUAACGUUGAAACAAACGUGCACGACCGAAACCGACGCACUUUUGGUUACCACUAGGCACGUAGAUUCGGUAAGGCGUCGCGAUAAACCGCUGCGUGGUGAACAACGACGGAGCGAAACAUUCUUUAAGCGUUUUUCUUUGCCCGAUAAGAAGCCGCCGCAAUCGCCAAACAACAAUUAUAAAAUGUCCGUGAGUGAUAAAAAGAAAUUCUUCGAGAAUGCCAUGGAGGAAAGUGUUAAAUCAUCGCCAAAACCAGAUAAAGUAUUCAGUUAUUUGAGUCCGGAUGAAGUGGAACGCAUGAAAGCCGAAGAAGAACGAAAAAUCGCCAAUUUAUCGCCGUCCGAUAUGGAUUCACUUGGAAUUUUAGAUAAUUCCGAUGAUGAAUCAAUGGAAUCGCAGCCAUCGAGGUUAGAAUUAAUAUUUAACUCACAAAAUGUAAAAUUAUUAUUAUUUUGUGUUUGUAGACCUCAUAGUACCAUUGGUAUUAUAAGGACUGCGACAGCCGAGCGUAGAAUGAAGGAUCGCAUGCGUGAAGAGGGUUUGCUCACGGAUGAAGAUGAACAUAACCUAUCACCAGCUGAGGAGCGGACAAGACGCGCCGAGAAACGCGCUGCAUGGCGUCAAGCUCGACUUAAAUCAUUGGAACAGGACGCAAUGCAAGCGCAGAUGGUGAUUAAGUCAAUGACGGACAUGGUGGGCGAGCGGGAAACUGCAAAGGACAACGACAAUGAGAGUACUAACAGCAUUGCAUGUGUCCAGCUGCGGCCAUCAUCGGCCGACUUCCCCAAGUUGGCGGUGCGCAGCACACCAGGCAAUACGACGGUGCGUGAAAGUGAGAAGAUUGUCAACGAGACCGUCACGCGCAAAACCGAAGAGUACAUUGACGAUGCCACCGGGGAGCGACGCGUGCGCACCGUCGAGUAUGUCGAGAAGCUGAUCGAGAAAGAGGUUGAGACACUACAGGAAAAAAUCAUAUCUCUAGAACUGACCAAGCCCGAUCCAUUAGAUGUAAUCAACGGAAAUAACGGUUUUACUGACGAAUGCGACAAAUCGGAGCAAUCGACGCCGACGAUCGAAGAAGAAAACAGUUUGGAGCUGGAACUCGCGCAUGCGGAGACUGCAAAUGCCGGGCAGAAUGGCGGCGGUAAGAAAAAACGGCGCAAGCGGUCCAAGCGCGGCGGCAAGCAUUAAAUUCACAUUUAUUUCUGCAUUUAAUCAUUUUGACAUUCCACGCAAGCAGUGGAGAAACAGGUUGGGGACGCUCGGUUUUUUUUUAAAUUAUUCUUGUACAAAGAAGUAUUUUAUUCAUAUUUCAUGAUGAAUUUUUAAUCUUAAUACUAUUAGCACAUAAGUGAAGCCCGCAUUAGUUGUUUAACGGUGUUAUUUUAUAUGAAGAUGAAUUAUUAGGACGUUUAUUACAUUAUAUUGUGCUACAAAUAAAUAUUUAAUACAA